AUGGACGUGCAACCCCAAGAGGUUCCGUCCGGUUCCGGUUCAACCGCGGGGAUCGCCUCGAGGAAGCGUGGUAACACAGCAAGCGAGAGCGAGGACACCGAGCUGUACUCCGCAUCAGGCGAUGAGUCCUCCGAAGACGGCUUUCAACCUGUGUUGUACCGCAAGGCCAAACGAAGAAUCAUCAACGCAUCGUCGGCGUCAAGCACAACCACUGUGAAAACUGCGCCUCAGCGGUGGCCCCACUCCAUCCUGUUUGUGCCACAGAACGCUAUCGACAAUCUGCGUGUCCUCAACAGGCAAGCAUUGUCUUUGUACCUUGAAAACACAGUGCCAAACGAGAUCAAGGAUAUCAGGCUAAACACGAGGAAAAACAUUUUGGCAAUCGAUGUCAUGAACCCGAGUGCGCUGAGCACGCUGCAGCAUGUAACGCAGCUGGGGAACAUCAAAGUCCGGCCAAUCAUUCCAGCGGAUGGUGCCACCGUAGCAGGUGUCAUCUAUGACAUCGACACUGAAAUCGCCAAUGAAGACCUCUCAGUGCUUAUAAAACCGGCGAAUGAAAACAACGUCAUUGUGCAUGUAGGUCGCCUAGCUGGACCGCGAUGCCCUGCCACAUGGGACGGGUGGACUUGCUUUAAAGACACACCCGCCGGAACUACAGUGCGAAAGCCGUGUCCUACACACGCGUACUUCAUCACCGAGACACCACAGUGCAUCAAGACAUCAAAAAAAAUUUGCUGGGACAACGGCACGUGGUACUACAGCCAAGAGUAUGGCAAGGAGUACACCUUCUAUGACUGCGGUUCACUAGAGUAUCAUCGUUCCAUGACCAUCUUCUCCAUCGUGCUUCACUCCCUGUCGGUCGUCGUCCUCGUCCCGGCCAUCGUCAUUUUUUCCGUCUACAAGCAACUCCAGGUUCACCGCAUCUCCUUGCACAAGAACUUCUGCGUUGCCAUGGUGCUGUACGACAUCAGCGUCAUCCUCGUAGACUCGGUGUUCAUCCUGGACCACGUCAAUGAGGAGAAGAACAUACGCGUCAACCAGAAUCCGAACCUGUGCAAGGUGUUGUACACACUCUCACGCUAUUUCCGGCUGUGCCAGUACGCAUGGAUGUUCUGCGAAGGCUUCUACCUGCACAAGUUGAUCGCAUCUGCAUUUGCCGAGCAGAAGUCACUGCUAAUUUUCUACGUCGUAGGAUGGGGUUGCCCUGCCGUCUUCGUGAGCAUCAGCGCCAUCUUGCGAGCCGUGCGGGCGGGUCACCCUUGCUGGAUGGACAACGUAGAAGGAUAUAACUGGAUCACGCUGGCGCCGGGCCUCUUCUGUCUGUUCGCCAAUUUUAUUUUUCUGUGCAACAUCAUCCGCGUACUUGUCACCAAGUUGAGGAGCACCCAUGCCAACGAGCCAAGCCAAUUUCGGAAAGCCGUACGAGCUGUGCUGGUGCUGUUCCCAUUGUUCGGCAUGCAUUUCCUCAUGACUGUGUACCGCAGCCCAUCCAACUGCGGUGCUUGGGAGGUUUAUCAGUACAUCAGCAAAGCGUCAGAUGGCCUGCAGGGAUUUUUCGUGGCCGUCAUAUUCUGCUACUUCAAUGGAGAGGUGCUGUACCUGCUGCGGCGUUCCUACGGACGAUACCGCCUGCAACGAGGCUUCUCCAGCCGGAGAAGUCACAGCAUGGCCAUGACCCGCAUGUCCGUCUCGACGCACGUGUCUUCGGUCGGCGAUUCGCUUAACCCCAACAACGGUUCCGUUAAGAAGUACACGUGCACACGCAACGGCGACACCAUACUGGAGGACGAAGUCUGGAACUGACACAGAAUCCGCCGCCACCUCCUCCUGGGCGAAUCCAAAAAGCGGCACAACUCGACUACUCAGCAUCCCGUGUUUCCCGUUCGCACCUCUUUUCGCCCAGUCGGUGCGAAACAACGGAACCCGUUUAGCCAGGACCGUCGUCUCAAAACGAAUGCAGCGCUCGUAUUUGGGUCAGGGUGGCCGGUUUCAAGUCAACUGUGAAAGUGCUUAGCGCCUGUAUACGGACACCACACACGACGCACACGGCGAACUUUCGUUGGAUGAUGGACGCAAGGCCUUCCAGAACGAACAAAGUAAUAACGUCUCUUCUUGGAAAUUUUAUCCCCGGGCUUUGUGAACCAGCCUGAAAGAGACACUUCCGCCUUUGCACAGUCAGCUCGAAAGAACGUUAGGCAUACGAGCCCAGUGAGCCUCGCGAAAGUGCUUAACCUAUAGUCGGGUACUCCUCGUUAACGUCAGACUCUCAGGGUGCAUUCGAAUUGGAUUACCCUUCCGUGCGGUGUACACUGCAGAGAACAUUACCGGCUGUGGGUGGCUGUUAAGUGACCAUGCCUACGGUGUGCUGCGAGGUGUGCUGCGUCGCGCGCUCGUUUAUUGGUGGCCCGGAUUACAAGAAAAAUUGUCCGGCAGAUACAACCGACCCUGACUUCCCGAAAGGAGCAGCCGGUACAAUCAAGAUCGCUUUACGUAUAGCCGAGUUUAUGUGCGGAAUUAUCAGGCACUCGCUGGCAGAGCAUGUGAGCGCUGUGCGAAAACAAAAAUUCCCACUAGUCAACAAACUUAUGCGAUCAUUGUCAGGUGCUCCCUUCGACUACGUCACUGGGAACUCGACUCCACCGGAUCCCCUCUCCAUGCUCCCACAAUUGUACGGAGUUGUCAUCUUUUCUAUGGCUCUUGAACACAGCAAUGCAAAGAGAGAACCAGAGCCAGAGACUGCAUAGUCGCCUUCGGAAUAUAAAUGGAUUGAAUACGCUCUUCAGUACGCUUCGACUCCAACCUUACUCGGAGAGGGAGCUACGGUGAUUACGCACAGGACCGAAGCGUCUCAUCUUCUUCAUGAAGCAAAUGCUAGUGCAAGCAUUCAAGUCUCAGAGCAACUAACUUAAUUAUCACAGACGUCGGACGUCGUGUCCACCUGUCGAAUCAUCACUCCUUAUCUCCGUUAUUUUCCCUGCACAACGCUUCCGGCAACUCUUCUAUAACGAUGAUAUGCAUGACCACGGGAAGGGCUCCCUCGGAACUGCAUUUUCGUCAAUGACAAGUAUCUUCUGUGGUUACCAACGAGGCUUAUCGCGACGAUGAAACACAACCGGUAGCGCUGAACCAAACUCUGACAAUGCAUCGGAAGUGCUGGUUGCGUCGUUGAGACGACAUGCUUCUAUGGUGCCGCAAGUGUUGUGUGCAGUGCAGUGCCGUGUUCAGUUCACGGAGUGCCCCGUUGCGCCACACGUGAUGUCACUGAAGAAUGACCCAGCAGCUCUAUACAGGUAAAAACUGACCGCAUCGAAGCCCUUGUGGUGCAGUGUUGAUGAGAGAUUUUUCAGUGAUGAACUGAAGGGCACAAAAUACUCAGAACUGAAGAAAGCGAUGCCAUUUGCGGACAGACCGAUUUCUUCGUUGUGUAAAUGUUGUGACUUCAAGCUUCAAGCCCUUCACCUCUGCGGUGCCAGCGUUCACAAUCGAAUCUAUUAUUAUGUGUUAUUUAUUACAUGUCAUCGUUCAUCAGUGCAAUUCAAAGGUCAUUAAAUAUCAUUAAUCGUUGUUCAAA